CACCACCCUUACUUCGCCGCACUCCACCCUCUUUCCACCACCUCUAAAUUCCCAUUUCCUUAUAAUGGGUGGCGCUUCCAGGUUCAUCAUGCUCGUCACUACUCCUUUCCCUUCUAUUCUCUACUCUCGGCCUUCUCUUUUCCGCCUCACCCGCCCCUCGCUCCUCUCUCUCUCCACCACUCCCCACCACCUCACACUCUCUCCCUCUUCACCUCCCCACCAAUUACUCCUCCCCAUCAAGUCCUCACAGCAACAACAGAUUCAUGCUCAAAGCAACACACUCAAAGAGGACCAUUUUCAAGACUCCCCUCCUGGCUUCUCUCCGACCUCUGGGGCCUCCCACCCUUGGCCAGAUUGGUCCAAGCUGAUUGACACUGUGUCUACAAGUGGGUAUUUUGAUAGGCAGCGAUUAGAUGCGGCAGAGGGACAUGAGAUUAUACCUGAGGACGCGUUUGUGGCGUAUGAGGAACUGAAUGAUGAGUUUGUUCAUGCUGCGAAUGCAUGUUUAGCUUUUGCUCGUGAAAGAUCAAAUCUUUUGGGGUUAUUGUCAAGGAGGGAUAUUCAGGUGGUUGUGGAAAAUGGGACACCUUUCCUAUUCAAAAGUGCUCUUGACACUGCGAGGAGAAUGAGGUCAUUUCUGGGUAUUGGCGGAAGCAGUGGAAGUAGCGUGAGGAAAUGUGAUGUGGUUGGUGGUGGUGACAUGUAG